CGGCCCGGCUCCGGGAUGAGCUUCCCGCGGCCCCUGCGCCGCUCCGUGAGCCUCAGCCCGGCCCGCACCCUGCGCCUCGUCGUGCUGGGACAGAGCGCCGUGGGCAAGACAGAGCAGAGCUCUGCCUGCAGCACGUGGAGUGAAGAUGGAUCGGUUCUGGGGCCGUUCAACAGCAGCACAAACAGGGCAGCACGUGGGCACACGCCUGGUGCUAUCCCGAGGUGCCAGCCUGACUCCGUAGCAGCGCUGACCGUACGAUUCAUCACCAGGAGAUUCAUUGGAGACUAUGACCCAACCCUAGAAAUGAUCUACAGGCACGUGGCUGUCAUUGAUGGGGAGAUGGUGCACUUCGAGAUCCUCGACACAGCUGGACAGGAGGAGGACUCGCUGCAGAUCGAGGAGAAGAUCAAGUGGGGCGAUGGCUUUGCCGUGGUGUACUCGGUGACCGACCGCUGCAGCUUCGACGAGGUGAUGCGGCUCUGCUUCCUCAUCAACCACCUGCACGCCAGCCCCAAGCGCAGCGGCGGCGCCGAGCAGCCCCCCGUGGUCAUCGUGGGCAACAAGAAGGACCUGCAGUUCGACAGGAUGGUGUCCACCGAGGACGGGGAGAACCUCUCCAAAGCCCUCAAGAUUCCCUUCUACGAGAUCUCCACGCGGGACAGCUACGAGGAGCCGGUGGCGGUGUUCAGCAGCCUCUACCAGGAGCUGCUCAGGCAGGGCCACUUCUCCCCGGGCUGCUUCAAAAGGAGGACAGUGUCCAAGCUCAUGGAGAAGAUCCCCAAAAUGCAGGCCAGCUCCAGCCUGAACUCGGCGGGCAGGAGCCUCAGCUUUAACUCCUUCAGGGACUACAUUCCCGAGUGAGCGCCGGCUCAGCCCGGGAUGGGGGCGGCUGCUGGGGCUGUGCCGGCUCUGCAGGGCAAGGGCAGGACUGCAGAGGGUGGCACCGGGCUACAAAAGCCUCUGGGUUCUUCUAACAGGGGGCUUUGUGCCAGCAGGGAAGGUGUUCCUCAUCCCUUUGUUCCCUCCUCCCCCUCUGGCAUGGCUGGGGUGACUCAGUGAUGUUGGGACAGCCCUUGGAGGGAGGCUCAGCCCUGUUUUGGUGGGGCUCAGACCCAGCACAGGCACAUCUUGGGGGGCUUUCCCCCUCCCCUGAGCUGGCUGAGGGUAUCUGCACCCCAAAUCCAGCACCCACCAUGCUGGGUGACCCCGAGGGCCGUGCUGGCUCCCAGGCUGGCAGCAGCCAUUCCCUGGGCAUGGAGCCUGCUUCCUCAACGUGGCUGGUGAGUAAAACUCCUGGAUCCUCCAACCCUGCCAGCCCAUCCAGGCUGUGCUCAGCAGCAUGGACACAAUGGAGCCAAUUCCAGAAGCUGCUUGCAGGUCCCCCUCUGUCUGCUCAUCAGCUGCCCUGUUCCCAGAGGGAAAACCACCACCCUGUUUUGCACAGGGAUGGGGCAGGAAAGGUGUGGGAAGGAGCCGGGCUCGUGGCUCAUGUUCCUCCCCUCCCUCUGGGUGUUGGGGCUCUGUGGCUGCUCGGGGUGGCUGUGCUGGGCCCCUGUGGUGUGACUCCCCUGUCCCCUCUGUUGUGACCCACCCCACUGUCUGCUGCCGUGUCCUGUGACAAUAAAAACCGAGUUCCCAACCGCC